CCGGGGCGGCGCGGCCCCCGCUCCGCCGGAGCGCUCCGGUGCGGCCGCAGCCCCGGGCCCGGCCCCGCCAUGGGCUGCUGCUACAGCAGCGAGGCCGAGGCCUCCGACCAGGAGGAGGAGACCAAGAGGCUCCUGGAGCCAGCUGCCACCCCCCCCAGCAAGGUGCUGAACGGGGCAGAGCAGAGCUACCACAGCCUCCCGUCAGCACGCACCGAUGAGCAGGCCAUGCUGUCCUCCAUCCUGGCCAAGACUGCCAUCAACAUCAUCGACGUGUCGGCAGCGGAUUCGCAGGGGAUGGAGCAGCACGAGUACAUGGACAGAGCCCGGCAGUACAGCACGCGCCUGGCCAUGCUCAGCUCCUCGCUCACGCACUGGAAGAAGCUGCCGCUGCUGCCGUCCCUCACGUCGCAGCCUCACCAGGUGCUGGCCAGUGACCCCGUGCCCUUCGCUGACCUGCAGCAGGUGUCCCGGGUAGCCGCCUACGCCUUCAGCGCCCUCUCCCAGAUCCGCGUCGACGCCAAAGAAGAACUGGUUGUACAGUUUGGCAUCCCCUGAGCCCCCUCCCCACAGCCCCCUCUGUGCCCCCCACUGUGCCCCCCGCCGCCUUUGGGUUUUGGGGUCGGUUUUUUCCCCCUCCUCCCCUGUUUUGGUUGGUAUUUCCCCUCCUCACGAUGCUGCCACAGAGCUGGGACAGAACACACCCGCCUGCCUACUAACAGGAGCCUUCCUCCUCCUCCUCCUCCUCCUGCUGCUCCUCCCCCGGGGGUGUGCAGGGGGAGGGGGCUGCACUUCACCCCCCCACACCCCCCUUUUCGCCCAGGGAGGGACAGAGGGGGGGUGUUCCCAGGAAGAGGUGGGGGGCUGGAGGCAGUGCCAGGGCUGCUGUGUGUGCUGCUGCUGCCUCCUGCCCGCCCUGUGCCCCCCCCGUGCCCCCCCCUGUGCCCCCUCCCCAUUUUUACAUGGUUGCACCUUUCUUUGGUGGGGUUUUUUAAUUCCUUUGGGCCCCAGUAGAUAAAAGCCGUGUUCAUCCCA